CAGUAGUCCGUCAUGCCAAACUCUGUCGAACGCCUUGGAGACGUCUAAGAAGAUUGCUUCGGUGUUGUAUCCUUUGCCGAGGUUGAAGCCUUCGGUCGCAAAGUCUACUACCCUCAGGACUUGUAUCUCUGUCGAGUGUUCUGAUCUAAAACCGAAUUGUUCAUCCGGGAGGAUUCCUAGCUCUAUGGUUUGAUAUUCGAGUCUCUUCAAGAUGACACGUUCCGUCACUUUGCUUAUGAAAGGCAGUGAGCUUAUUGGCCUGUGAUUAUUUGGUAACAGGUGGUUCUCCUUGAGCUUCGGGAUGUGGAUAACCGAUAAGCCUCUUUGAACUGGUACGGGAAGUUCUGCAAUUUGAGUAUAGCAUUUAUGAUGUUAGUUAUAGUUAUGUUACCCUUGCGCGGUAGUACUUUCAGUGCCCGGUUUGUUAUGUGGUCCGGGCCUGGUGCUUUCCGAGAGGAGAGACGUCUUAAAAUGUCUUUCACUUCCUCGGGAGAUGUCGGGGCCAGGGGUUGCGCGUUGUCCGUUUAUCGUUUUAGUCUUCGUACUGUUCUUUCCGCCUAUCUCUCUAUUUCAUCUACCUCGUCCGCGAACGGGACAUCGUUCUCUCUGCACUGCCUUUAAAAGUUGUCCGCCAAUGAGUCCGCUUUCUCUUGGUUAGUAUAAACAAUUCCUUACAGACAGUGCAGUUCUUUGAAAUAUAUAAUGAUACACACCUGUGUACAGAUCAUUAGUAUGUCUUGCAUGAGCUGUAGUGGGGGUUAUAUUGAAAAUUAGUUUUUGCGCAUGGGGGCAGGCUCGCCAUCACGUUUGGCGCUUGCUAUACUGCAAAUGACUUCGUCAAUAAGCAUUAUAUUUUUUUGACAAAGUAUAUUCUGAUUAACUUCGAGAGUUUCAGUUUGUCUAUCAAUUGAGAGUUGAAAAAUGAUUUCAUUGUUGAAACAUUAUAAUAUAAGGUCUACAAAUGAAUCAAAAUCGAAAAAUGUUAACAACGAAAGUUCGUAAACACUUAAAACACGCAGAUGUCAAAUCUGAAGUUCAAGAGUGUGAGGGUCGUAAUGCCAAAACGUGUAUAUCUCCAUCCUUAUUUAGUUGUUGGAGUCAGGUUUUUCUCAUCAAUGUCUAGUCUAUAUUAUGAUGUCACUGUUAUAACAAGUACGCAUCAAAAGUGGUUCAUUGGUUAUUCAAAAUAACUUUAGUAAAGAGCAUUUAAAUUAUAAUUAUGCAAUUAUUUGUAAAGCGUGGUUUGAAAUAUUAAAGCUGGUUUGAUAAAACCGGGCUUGAAAGUAAAACUAUAUACAAAGGUUAAACGCUGCAAAGAUCCCUAAAUCGCUGAAAAAAUUGCCAUAUUAAAAAUUUAGUACUAAAAUAAAAUAUAGAGUGGUAAACUUGCAGUUGGUCAUCUCAUGGAAUAUUUCUGUGGUCAUCUUCCUUCUGUUCCUUUUCUGUUAGGUCACGGAAUUGUUUACUAUUCUGUAGUCAUGUCUAUCCGUCAUGUUUAUGGUUAAUCCACUGACAUCAUAAUAGGAUUAUCAUUGUUCCUGAACUAUUAUUUUGUUCUGAACGGGAAUAUUGCUGUUUAUCUGUAAUUGUAUAGGUUUCGAAACUACCAUAAGUAGUUAUCUACAAAAAUAAAUUUUGAAAACAUAUAUGCUUUGACCAAACCUCAUGGAUAUGGCUUCUUUUGAAUGUGGAAGGCAAAUCAAGGGGGAGAUCCAAUCUGUUGGUGAUGAAGUUCCUUUUCAAAAACUUGACGUGAAAUCUGAACCAAGCGAUGCUGAAAUGUUCAGUAAAUGUGGAAGAAAUGGGGAUGCCUCUGAUACUAACAUGCCUACCAACGAUUUGGACGAAAACGAUGAAUUUAAAAUGAAUAUGCCUAUGGAUAAAUUUGAUCCUGAAGAAGUCAAAAUUGAAGAAACUUUUCUUAUUCCUUAUCUUGAUCUCAAAUCUGAAAACUGCGAGAAUGCCAUAAUGGAAGGUUCCAAUUUGAAAGCAUGUGAAGAAGAAUUAUUUAGUCAUGAAAAUGGGUCCAGUAAUAUCUGGCGAAACCAUAAUGAGUCUCACGCCAUACUAUUCGAAAAUAUGACUGAGGAUUUGAAGCCUUCUGUUGGUUUUACUACAGAUACUGGAAACAUCCCUGUUGAAAUAAAGGAAGAAACUAUGUUUGAGGAGAAGGAAGAGAUUUUCAAUGAAAAUAUUCCAUCAGGUUCAAAUGGAAAGGAGUUUGUUGUUGAAAAUGAUCAUGUAAAGCAUGAGAUGGUACAAACAAUAGUUAAUGAACAAUACUAUUCUACAAACUGUUUGAAUUUAAAAACCAGUGAAAAACUGCUUACUGGCGAAAAACCAUUCCAGUGUAAAAUCUGCUCUAAAUCAUUCAUUCAGGAAAGUGCUUUGAAGUACCAUGAAAAGAUACAUAGAGUUGAAAAGUGCAAAGACAACUGGACAAAAUUAAGAAAUGCAUAUGCCAGCGCAAUAAAACGGCGUAAAAAUAAAAAAGGUGGACAAGCCGCAUCACAAGUGAUAGCAUGGAAAUACGAAGAGCAAAUUAAUUUUUUACGCCCUCACAUGGAAUCGAGGAACGCCAAAACUAAUUUUCCAGAGCCAACACCAGAAUCACCUAUAGACAUGACUCCGUGUAGCCCCCCUGACGUUUUCGUUAAUGACUCGCAAAACAGCUCAGCAUCGCAACCUCCACAAACUCAAAGUUCGGAUGCUAGUUGGAGUGAUGGAUCUCAAAGGAGCUCAGCGUCAAAACGAACAUUAUCAGUGAAUAACAAACCUAGCUUAAAAGACAUUUAUGACUUGAUGAAGUCGUCAAAUGAGGUAAAAAAGCAAAGGCAACAUGCUAAGCCAGAUAUGGAUGACACUGACUUAUUUUUUUUGAGUAUGAGUAAGGCAGUCAAGGCGCUCCCAAAACUCGAUCAAUGCAAAAUAAAGUUGGAUUUACAUACAGCUGUUUCUCAAGCAGAAAUUCGAAAACUCACUCAAACGGAUUACGUAUUAAAGACACCGCUUAAUAUAGUAUCUCAAACAACUAUUCCAAAGAGUUCUUACCAACCUAUCCAAUCACCUGCAUCCAUCCAGCCAUGCAAAAGUGUACAAUCAUAUGAUUUUUCAGGCAGCACACUUGGGACAAACUCUUAUCAGGAGCUUAUUCAAUCUCCCACAAUCAUACAGUCAUUCAACAGUCCAGAAAUCGGUAGUCCAGAGUCUCGCGAUUCGAGAACGAACAUGGAAGAACAUUGUUAACUUAAUAUAUCAGGACUAUUUUAAAAAAUUGUUGAGUAACGAAUAUUGAUGAAUGAUGUUCUUGAUUAUUUGAAUAAUAAAUAAAAAUAAAACUUACAUUAAACAUACAGCAAGCCUUUCUUUUGUUCCAAUAGGUCGACGAAAUCGGGUUUGCAUUUUUUUAAUAUCAUUUUCUACCAUAGAAUGUAAUAUCUCAAAUUGAUUUUUCGACAUCGCCGUCACGUCAGAGAGUAGCACAACACACCAAGACACAACAAUAUAAUUCCGGCUUAAUUCUGAACAAGUUUUUUUGUGAAGGCAGUUGCGUAGAAUGUGGGGAUCUAACUAGCUCUGAAAUAAAAUGUCUGCUACUGAAAACUAAACGUAGAAUAGUAUUUCUAUGUAAUCAGGACUCUAGAAAGUUCCUAUUCUUAUGAAACAAAUAAAUGAAAUAAAGGAAACCCUAGAGAAAUUUAUGAAUGUAAUAACCCCAGUCACCUAUUGAAUCUAACUAACCAAGGAAUUACUGAUGAACAUGUUAGGAAUCACACGUUAAAAGGUAAGUUAGUCGUUGGUCUUUAGCUAGCACAAGUUUCUCAACUUCUGAGAGUUGUCGUUCGUAUGGGGGCGACAGCUGAUUAUCGCAAAAACACAUUUUAAACAGAAUUAAACAUUCCUAGGAGAUAAUAAAUGAGAUAGCGUAAUGACAAACAAGGCAAUGUAAUAUUGUUAUAACGAAUAUUCGGGAAUAUGAAGCAACAAUAUCAUAAAAACGCCAAGAAAAUGAUAUAAAGUCAGCAACUAAUAUUCUUCGGAGUUACAAUAUAAAUCUGGAGAAGAAAAGAGAAUUGAAACUUCCAUCAAUUUAUUAAAUCUGGAGAAUAUAAAAGUAUUUAGAGUUGAUAAAAUUAUUCCUAAUAAAAACAGAUUCCUAAAAGUUACUCUGAGAACUCGAAAGAUGUUCUUACUGAAUUGAAAAAUGAAUCAAAUGGGACUCCAAGCAUCAAUAUUUUUGGUGAUGAAACGCGUAAACAGAGGUAUUAUCAUAAAUUUGUGAAAAAUAAACUCGAGGAACUCAAACCUAAAGGGGAUAACUCAAAAACGAUUAGGUUUAUAAGCAGUUAACCCUCCAUCUUCACCAAUACACAAAUUACAAAAAACACAUAGAUAAUCUUAGUAUACUUUUUAACUGUGACAUAAGUUAUGCCAACAUACAGAGUUUAUUGGUAAAUAAGGACGAAGCCAAAAUAUUAUGUUAUAACUCUGCACUGAUUUUGUCAAAGUCGAACUAUAUCUGAAAUUGAAGAAGCAGAAGUCCUUUUUACCAACUACAACAUUACAAGGUUUGACUCUACUUCUGCAGAAUAGAACACAGAACAAAAUUGGCAUAAUUUUAGAAACAUGGCAAAGAUGUAUUUUUUAUGACAUUAAACUUAUAUCUUCUCUCCGUAAUGAGUUUGUAAAUUCACUAAAACCUAAAAAAAGCAAUUUCUCUGUGACAAAAUUAAUAUGAAUGAAAGAAAUCCAUUGUUGAUAUGGAAAGAACUCAGGAAAAAUGUUAAUAUGAAUAAUAAAUUAUCCUAGUUUAGUCAAAAAUGGAGAGGGUCAAAUAAGCACUAUAAGAAAGGAUGAUGAAAUUGCAGAAUGUUUCAGUUGAUAGAAAGAUUACGUAAGCUCACUUACAAAUUUUAUUAGCAAAAAAGUAUAGUCAGAAGAAAAAUGUUGCUUACUGUAUAUGAUGCCCUGGCCGAGUCCAUUUUACGGUAUUGUCUAAUAAUAUGGGGAGGAAUAUUCAAAUCUUCCUUACCUAAUUUAGAAAUUAUCCAAAACUCACUCAUAAAAAUUAUGUUCAGAAAGAAUAAAUGCUAUAAUACUCAUUAUAUGAAGAGAGUGGAAUAUAUAGUGUAGAAAACUGUAUACUUUCCGUUGUAUAUUAUGGACAGCCAGAGUUACGAGUACAUUUGUUCAGAAUAUAUAAUACUCGUUUACACACUUCUCAGAUUACAAAGGUUCACGAUGCCGACUCACUCACAAUCAAAAAUGUAUUACAUGCAUUGGACCAAAACUCUACAAUUCUUUACCGCCGUCACUAAAAUGUAUGAAGAGUUAUACUAAAUUGAAAAUAGAAUUGAAAACAUCAAUCACAACUACCACAGAUUGGAAACAAUACUGGAUAGUUGACUAAUUCACCAUACUGCAGCCACUCAAUACAAUGUCACAAACUUUUGUUUCUGUAUCUUCUUUCGUAUUUGAUGCUCUUAUUAUGCAAAAAGACUGCUCAUCAUUUUGGUCGUCCUUCUAGGACUCCCCAGAACAAAUUAGUAGGUUUAUCUUAGUUUGUAAAUGUAUUGGAUUUGUGGCUGUAACACAUGCUUGGCUUAGAUAGCCACAAUCCUUCAUAGAUAUAAUUUAUAGUUCCGUAAAAUAAGCUGUAAUUGUUUAUAUUUUAUAUUAAUCUGAAUUGAAUAAAUUUUGCUUUGAUUUGAUAGUAUUGGGGAUAUAAUUGAAAGCAUUGAUGCGACUCACGUAAGAUAUGAUUUACUGUCAUUAGAAAGCACCUUUGCACAGAUGAUGAUCUCACAAAAAUCAUGAAUAACUUGGAAAAUAAAUCUAGUAAUGAAAUAAUUGAUAAAAAGUUUUUGAAAAGUACAUAUGGGGUCAUUGGCAAUGUGUUGUUACAUUAAUUUCUUCUACAAACGAUGUCUCACUCUUACAAGAAGAUUUGUCACAAUUUUAUGUCUGGUGUGUUGUGAAUCAAAUGAAUUUGAAUAUAUUCAAUAAUGCUUCUGCCAAACAUUUUCUAGAAUUAUUCACCCUGUUCUACAUGACUACAGUAUCAAUAAUAUACCAAUUAAUAGGAAAUCAGUGAUGAAGGACUUAGGAAUUAUCUUCAAUCGUGAAUUGAACUUCAAAUCCCAUAGUGAGUAUAUUAUAGCAAAAUCACUCAAGAUGUCGGGCUCCAUCAAUAUAUCAUGUAAGGAAUUCAGUUUGAACAGUCUCAAGUUAUUAUAUUGUUCAUUAGUUAGAUUAUUAUUGGAGUACGCUUCAAUAAUUUGGUGCCCAUAUUAUGAGAUACACAUAAACCAAAUUGAAGCUGUACAAAACACUUUCCUGAGGAUCUGUGCAUACAAGUUAGGUCUAAGAAGGGGAGAAUAUGCAUACAACAACAUUAGAGAUCAGAUGAAUCUAUUAUCUUUAAAGAAUAGAAGAAUUAUUUAUUCAUGUUUUUUAAGCAAAAUUUUAACUGGCAAGAUCAACUGUGAGGAGAUUUUAUCUUUAAUUAAUUUGAAUGUCAACAGACAUACCAGAGUCAGUAUCGAAACAUUUAAAAUACUGUUCCACUCUACAAAUUAUGUUUUUUUCUCUCCUGUCACAAAUACCAUCAAAAUUGAACUGAGUCGCAUUAUUUCCAUAAAGAUUUCCUUUGAAUAUUCUAUACUAUUUCAUCAUUAUAUUUGCUUUCUUUUUAUAUUAUAUAUCAUAUUAUUAUUAUUGUGCUAUGUAUUUAUUUUUAAGUUUAAGAUUUUACAAACAUUUUUUUUUUCUCCAUGACAAAAUUGUACUGAGAUUUUUAUCACUAUAUUAUUGU